AUGGAAGUUGGAACCCGCCACGUUUCAGACAACGACUUUGCGCAUGCUUUGUGGGCUGGACUGGCCACUGUUGCCUGGUCACCACAAGAACAUGCACUAUUGCAGCAACAGAGCGGUUUCGAGCCCUAUUUGGUCACGGAUGCGCCAUGCGACCCGACGCCAUUAGCAUGCUGGCCCAGCAUGCCUACAUAUCAAUCGAUGUCCUAUGAAGCGGAAUGCUCAGUAGAUCCCGUUGCGGCGUCUGCUUCACCUUCGCCACCCAUGCCCCGCGUCCGGGAGAAAUCUGUUGCACGUCCAAAACCGCGCAGAAGUCUCUUACCUGUGAAGACCGUCGGCAGAUAUGUCUUUACUGUGAAAAAUACAAAACAGCCAAGCAGAUUGAUAUAG